AAUCUGCAGCUUUCAGGCUGUCCCUUCUUGGCUGGGAAGAGAGCUGCAGGAACAACGCCCAGGACCAGCCCCUGUGCAAGCUGUGACUUCGAGGCCCCUGUCAGGCUACUGAGGUAACGGGGGUCGCAGCCUGGGGGGGCUCGACAUGGGCAGCCCCCAGAGCAGCUUCCUGCAGCUUGGGCAAUCUGCACCCUUCCCGAGGCCCUGAGUGUUCAGCCUCUGAACUUAUUAAGGUUAGGAGUGGUUGCUGUGCUGUGGGAGGUUGCCCGGACUACCUUGGCAAACAUGGCGCUUAUGAAAGUAAAAUUUGACCAGAAGAAGCGGGUCAAGAUGGCCCAAGGGCUCUGGCUCAUGAACUGGGUCUCCGUGUUGGCUGGGAUCAUCAUCUUCAGCCUCGGGCUGUUCUUGAAGAUUGAACUCCGGAAGAGGAGUGAUGUGAUGAAUAAUUCUGAGAGCCAUUUUGUGCCCAACUCCUUGAUAGGGGUGGGGGUGCUGUCCUGUGUCUUCAAUUCUCUGGCUGGCAAGAUCUGCUAUGAUUCCCUGGACCCAGCCAAGUACACCAAGUGGAAGCCCUGGCUGAAGCCAUACCUGGUCAUCUGUGUCCUCUUCAACGUUAUCCUCUUCCUAGUGGCACUCUGCUGUUUUCUGCUGCGGGGCUCACUGGAGAGCACCCUGGCCCACGGCCUCAAGAACGGCAUGAAGUACUACCGGGACACAGACACCCCUGGCAGGUGUUUCAUGAAGAAGACCAUCGACCUGCUGCAGAUCGAGUUCAAAUGCUGUGGCAACAACGGCUUUCGGGACUGGUUUGAGAUUCAGUGGAUCAGCAACCGCUACCUGGAUUUUUCCUCCAAAGAAGUCAAAGAUCGCAUCAAGAGCAAUGUGGAUGGGCGGUACCUGGUGGAUGGUGUCCCCUUCAGCUGCUGCAAUCCCAACUCACCACGGCCCUGCAUCCAGUACCAGCUCACCAACAACUCGGCACAUUACAGCUACGACCACCAGACAGAGGAGCUCAACCUGUGGCUGCGCGGCUGCAGGGCCGCCCUGCUGAGCUACUAUGGCAGCCUCAUGAACUCCAUGGGUAUCAUCACGCUCCUUGUCUGGCUCUUGGAGGUGAGCAUCACCAUUGGGCUGCGCUACCUGCACACCGCACUGGACAGUGUGCCCAACCCCGAGGAGCCCGAGUGCGAGAGUGAGGGCUGGUUGCUGGAGAAGAGUGUGCCCGAGACCUGGAAGGCCUUUCUGGAAAGCUUAAAGAAGCUGAGCAAGGGCAACCAAGUGGAAGCUGAGGGCGUAGAUGCAGGCCAGGCCCCAGAGGCUGGCUGAGGGCCCCAGGGCCCCUCCCCUCCCGAAC